AUGCAAAGUGAUAUAAUAGUUAAUCAAGAUUUAAAAGAAUAUAGUAAUGUGAUGAAAGGAAUACACCAUGUCACGUCCUGUGUUUCCUCCAUAGGAGUUGAGACCAAUAAGAAAAAUGAAUACAAUGAAAAUAGUGUAGAAAGGAAUGAUUAUAAUAAUGACAUUGAUGAUGAAAAUUAUAAUAAUGAUAAUAAGGAUGAAUUUUUAAAUUCUUCUAAUGAUAUAAUAAACGAGGAAACAAAUAAAAAAAAUAGUUAUGAUGAUAAUAUAUUAUGUAAUAAGGUUUUAUUAAAUGAUGAAAAUUUAGAUAUCUCCAACAAUGGUGUUACAACAACUACAACUACUAUAACUACUACCAUUAGUAAUAAUAAUAAUAAUGAUAGUAGUAGUAGCCAUAGUGAUAAUAACCUUUUUGAAGAAAGUAAUAAUAGUCAUAGUCAGGAUGUACGUAGUAGUAGUAGUAUAUUAAAAAAUUCUGAGGAUAUGAUUUUAAAUAAAUCAUCUAAUAAGACAAAUAAUCAGAAUGUAUAUUCUAAUGAAGAAUUUUAUUCAUAUAAAGAAAAUCUUAGUGAAGAACCAUGUAAUGAAGAAGGGAAUAAUACAUUUCAUUCUAAAAUUGAUAUGGAUAAUUGUAAUAUAAAUAACAACUACAGUAAUAAUAACAGUAGUAGUAACAGUAGCAGAAGUUAUAGUGAGAAUAAAAGAUCAUCUAACGCUGAUAGUAGUAGUAAUAAUAAUAAUAAUGACAAUAAUGAUAAUAAUGGUAAUAAUAAUAGAGAUAACAAUGAUAAUAAAUAUAACAACAACAAGGAACACAAUAAUAGAGAUAAUAAUAAUAAUAAUAAUAAUAAUAACAAUAAUAAUAAUGGAAAUAAUGGUAACAAUAAUAAUAAUGGUGAUGAUAAUAAUGAUGAUAAUAAUAAUGAUGAUAAUAAAAAAAAUGAUGAAAAUAAAAAUAAUAAUAAGGAAGUAACUGAUGAUAAGGACAAAGAAGAACACGAUGAAAAAGGUUCCAACGAGAAUAUGAAUAUAUCCCAUGAAAAUAAUAAUAAUAAUAAUAGUAAUAAUAGUAAUAAUAAUAAUAGUAGUAGUAGUAAUAACCUUAAUGGUGAUAAUAAAAAAAAUGAAUCCUCUUCAAUUAAAUCAGUACAUAAAAGUUCUGUUUUAAGUUCUCUUAAUGCAGAUGCUCCUGAAUUUGUACCUUCAACAAAAAGCCUACAAAGCAAUAUGUCAUUUAAUAAUUUAAUGUGGAAUAAUUAUUAUCAAGAUAUUAAUGCGGGUACUACUUUUAAUAGUAAUCAUUUACAUAAUAAUAAUUUAAUGAAUAAUAUAAAUACAUCAGGAAGCAACAACAACAAUAAUAAUAACAAUAAUAAUAAUAAUAAUAAUACUAAUAUUAUGAUAAAUAAUACCAAUUCUUUGUUACAUAAUAUUAAUGGUAUAAAUAAUAGUUCAUCUAAUAAUAUAAUGAAUAUAGCUGGUUCAAAUAACAUGGCAAGUUCAAAUAAUAAUGGAAAUGCUGGUGUAGUUUUAUUAGGUGUAUCACCAGGAAAUAUGAAUAAUAUGGAAAAUAAUGACCAAGACAAAAUGAAUUCUAGCAACAACAAUAAUAAUAAUAAUAAUAAUAGCAACAAUAAUAAUAAUAAUAAUAAUAUUAACAAUAAUAAUAAUAAUUCAUUACAUGCUAGCAAAUCUAAUAGUAAUCACAACAAUGUUCAUGAUAAUAAUAAUAAUAAUAAUAAUAAUAAUAUGCUUGCAGGUAAUAUGAAUAAUAUAUCACAAAAUAUUGGUGGUAUAUCAUCAAAUGAUGGACCAUUUAUAAAUCAAGGUAUGAUACCUGGUAUAGCUAAUUUAAGAUCUAGCCACUUUAUGAGUAAUUCUAGUGCAAAUUUUAUGAACAGUUCAGAAAAUUCGAAUGGACCAUUUCAUCCAAUGGAUGGUACACAUGCACAUCAAAAUUUUCAGCCUAAUGGUUCAUUAAUUGCUCAUCAUAAUUUUUAUGUAAAUCAUCAUCCAUAUUUAUUGAAUAAUCAUCCAAAUGCAUUACCAGGACCACAACCAAUAUUUGCACCCCCUUUAUCAUAUGCAAAUACAUUAGCAUCAACAGCUAAUACCACAGGAGCAGGAGGUGUUCAUCAUGAUAUGUCUUUUGGUCAACAUACAUCUGUAUAUGGUUCAUUUAAUAAUAAUCCAGCUAAUAUUAUUGCAGGUGGUGCUGGGAUUUCAUCACAAAAAAGUCCUAGCUUAAGCAUAAAUCCUUAUAACUUUUUGUCAUGUUCAUUACCAACACCCCCACCACAAAUAGCUCACACAGGUCCAUUAAGUAUGACAUCUUUAGAUCCUCAUUUUAUGCCUACUGCAAAUAAUGCUCAUAUGAAAUUAUCUUAUGCAAAUAAUAUGUGUCCUCAUCCAGGAAGGAGGAGCAUAUAUAAUCAUUUUAAUCAUGCACAUUUAUCAAAUUCUAAUAGUAUGAAUGAUAAUAAUUUUGAUCACACAAAUAAUAAUAAUGCCAACAAUACUGUUAAUACUAACAAUAAUAAUAAUAAUAGUAAUAGUAAUAGUAUGAGUGCAAAUUUAAAUUAUAAUUUUAAUACCUUUAAUCAUCAUAAUAAUAAUGCUUGUGGUUUAGUUCCUAAUAAUGAUAAUAAUAAUAAUAAUAAUACAAAUAAUAUGCAUUUAAAUCAAGGAUUGAAUGCAAAUACUUUAAAUUUAAAUAAUGCAGGUAAUGUUAUAUGUGUGAAUAACCCCAUGCAUUUGAAUUCUUCUGGUAAUAUGACUCCUCACCAUUUGAAUAAUAUGCAUAUGAAUCAUGGGAUGAUAAUAAAUAAUAACCUUGGCAAGCAGAAGAAAAGUAUAUCAUUAAAUCAUAACAAUCAUAACAAUACAGAUAAUAAUAAUAAUAAUAAUAAUAAUAAUAGUGGCAAUAAUAACAAUAAUAAUAGUAAUAGCCAUAAUAAUAGUAAUAAUAAUUCAAAUACAAAACAACAAUUUAAUAAUUUUAGAGAGGGAAAGAAUUCUAUAAAAGGAAAUCUUAUGAAUACAAAUGUAUGUUUAAAUAAUAAUUACAAUCAUUAUAAUUCUCCUAAUAAUAAUAACAAUAAUAAGAAACAUAGUAGAUAUAGUUCUGUGUCAAAUGUUAGUAAUGCUUAUAAUGCAGCAUAUAAUAUUAAUACAACAGGUAAUAACAUAAAUAAUAUAUCAUCAAGUAAUUCAAAAAAUGUAUAUAAUACAAAGGCAGCAAAGCGUGAAGGUUAUAAUAGUGAUGAUAAUGAUAAUGCAGGUGGAAAUUAUUAUCUCAAAAAUGGUAACCCAAUAUCAAAUAAUAAUAAUAAUAAUAAUAAUAUUAAUGUCUCUGAUAAUGUUAAUGCUGAUGGAAGUAAUAAUAAAUCGAAAGAUACUAAUAAUCAAGAAUUAAAAGAUUCUAAUGAAAAUAACAACAAUAAUAAUAAUAAUAAUAAUGAUGAUGUUGAAAAUGAUAAUAUGAAUGAUACUUCUUAUUCUUUUAAAGGACAAAAGAAUUAUAAUUCUAAAAAUAAAAGUAAUACAUCUAGUAAUAAUAAUUAUAAUCUGAAUAAUGUUCAAAAUGAUAAGACAUCCAGUACUCAUAAAGAAGAUUAUAAAAACAACCGAUAUGUAAAUAAUAAUAAAAUAAUUGAAGAUAAAAGUUCUUCAAAUGGAAAUAGAAAUAUGACAAAUGAGAAGAAUUUAAAAGGAACAGACAAUAAUACAUAUCACAAUAAUAAAAAAGGAUAUAAUGAUGUAUCAAAUAAUAAUAAUAAUAAUAACAAUAAUAAUAAUAAACAAAAUAGUAGUUACAUAAAUAAUAAUAAAUAUCAUCAAAAUAAUUCAGAUAGAAGGGGAAGCAACUUGAAAAACGCAGAAAAUAAUACGAACAAAAUGAAUGAGAAAAAAAGUAAAAAUGAUGAUGAAAAGAAAGGAAAAGAAAAGGAAAAAGAAAACAUUAAUAAUAACACAAGUAGUGUUAUAAAUAAUAAUAAAAAGAUGAGUGAGAGUAAUACAAAUAAUGAAAAUAAUUAUGUUGGUAAUAAAAACAUGAAUUAUAAUACUUUGAAGAAUUAUAAAAAUUAUGAUAAGAAAACUAUGGAAUUCUCUUCAUGGGUUAAAAUAGCAAAGAUGAAUCCAAACAAUAAUAAUAAUAAUAACAAUAAUAAUAAUAAUAAUAUGAAAAAGAAAGAGAAAUUAUCCGUGUCUUCCAUUUAUGAAGUUUCAAACAAUGAGAAAAACAAUAAUGUAGAAGAUAGAAGAAACUCAAAUUUUAUAAAUGAAAAAUUAAAUGCACACGAUAAUAAGACAACCAACACUUAUAGUAGUAAGAACCAAAAUAAAGAAAAUGAUGAUACUGUAUCAAUAGAACAUAAAGAAAAUGAAAAUAAUAAUCAACAUUAUGACGAUAACGAAGAUCAUAAUAAUAAUCGUCGUUUGUCAGGAAAUGUAAAUAAUGAAAAUAUGAAAAAAAGAAAUGAAGAUGAGGAUAAGAAAAGAAGUAGCAAAGCAAAUAUUAAAGAAAAAGAAAAUAAUACUCACUAUUAUAAAGAUAGUAAUAAUAAUAAAAAGUCAAACGAUGAAAAUAAAAAAAUGAGCUAUAAUAAUAUUGUUACCAAUAAUAGAAAUUAUAACAGUACUAAGGAUAAUAAUAAAGAGAAAAAUAAACAAAAAUAUGAAAAUAAUAAGAAAAUAGAUAUGGAUGAUAAAAGAAGUUCUGUAGCUGUAACAGCAAAUACAAAUUCAGGUACAAAUACUGUUGUUACAACAUCAGGUAGUAGUAAUACAUAUUCUCAUAGACAAAGAGAGAAAUUGAAAAUUCAAAAUGUAGAAAUUAAACAGAUAAAUGAAAAAAUAAUAAACAUUAAAAACUAUGACAAGAAAAAAGCAUCUGCAAUAAAUGUGCAUACUAGUAAUGAUGAAGAAUUAAAAGGAAAAGAUGGAUACACAAUUAAUAGGAAAGAUGAAAAUAAAGAUGAGAGUACUAACAAUGAGGAUAUUAAGAAAAAUGAUUUGAAUGAUGAUAAAUCAGUAGAUUUAUUAAUCGAAAAUGAUAAUAAUAAUAAUAAUAAUAAUAUUAAGAAUGAUGCUGACGGUAGUGAUAGUACUACUACUUUAAAUAAUAAAAAAGGUAAACGUAGUAGUACUAAUAAUGUAUCAUCUAAUAGUUUAAAAACUGAAUCAACGAAAAACACAACUAAUAAUAAUAAGGAACAGGUAUCUAAAGAUAAUGUAGGUAGUAAUAAUAUGAAUAAUACAUCUAAAAGUAGUAAUAAUGGAGAUGUAAACGUAAUAAAAAGAAAUAAUAACAACAAUAGUAAUAAUAAUAAUAAUAAUAAUAAUAAUAAUAAUAAUAAUACAGGGUUGAAUAAGGAAGGACAUAAUAAGAAUGCAAGCACAGUCGAAAAUAACCUUAAUAAUAAUAAUAAUAGUAGUAGUGUUAGUAGUAGUAGUGCUGUUGUCAAUAGUAAUGAGAAUUCUAAAACAUCUGUUUAUGGAAGUAUUAAAAAUUCCAUGUGGCAAGGAAGAAUAUCAUUUGCUGAAAUGGCAAAAAGAAAACCUAAAGUAGAGACUAAUAAAGAAAUUAAAGAAACAAAUGCGGAUUCUGUAACUAGUGAGAAAAAAAACAACCACAAAAAUAAUAAUAAUAAUAAUAAUAAUAAUAGUAAUAAUCAUCAUCGUAAUAGUAUUAAUAAUCAUCAUUCUAGUAAGAGUGAUAAGUCUUCAAGAAAAGAACAUCAUAGUAGAUAUGGAUCAAGUAGUACUACUCGUGAAAAAACUUCUAGUAGUAAUAAUAAUGUUAUGAAAGAAUAUAGUAAAGAUAGUAAAAAGAAAAAUGAUAAUAAAGAUGAAAGUAGUGUUCACUCUUUUAAUAGCAGUCGAUUAAAUAGAAAAGAUAAUAAAAAUGAUUCACGUCAUAAAAAUGAUAAUAAAAAUAAAUUAUAUAAUGAACAUGUCGAUUCUUAUGAUUCAGGUGUUGAUUAUGUAUCUGUUCAAAACAGAAAGAAAGGAACUGAUAAAGGAGAUGACACUAGUGUAUGUGAUAGUAGUAGUGUUAUAGAAAAGAAAGAACAUAUGGAAGAAUUAAAAGAUGAAAAGAAUUUAGAUAAUGACACAUAUACAGAAAAAGUUAGUGAUUAUUCAAAUGAAAAAAAUAACGUAUGUGAAGAUUAUAUAGAAAAUAAAGAUGACCAUUUUGAAAGUACAUCACAGAAGGGUAGAUGUUUAAAUGAAAAUAUAAACGAUAAUAAUGACACAAAUAAGGAUGAUACUAACAAUAAGGAUGAUAACAACAAUAAGGAUGAUAACAACAAUGAUGAUGAUACCAACAAUAAUAAUAAAACCAUUGUCAGUAAUGAUGAUGAGAAAAUAAAAGAAGAACAAACAGUAGCAGCCAAUAUUGAUGAAGUAUUAUUUGAAGAAAAAGAAAAUAAAAAAGAUGAAAAUGAAGUUUGUAAAGCUGAUAAGGACAUUAUUAAUAAUGAAUUAAGAAGUGUAGAUGAAGAAAAAAAAAUGGAUGAAGUAACAUGUGAAGGAAAGGUAAAUAAUGAUAAUGAUCAAGUGGAAGAUCAUAAGAAAGAUUAUAAUGAAGAAGAAUGUAAUGAAAAUAAAAAUGAUGAAGUUAAGAUUUCUGAAGAAAUAAAAGAGAGUGAAGAAAUUAAUGAUAACAAAUUAGAUAAAUUAUCAGAUGAAAAUAUGAAUGAAAAAAAAAAUGAGAAUAUUUCUGAUAAUGUAAGAGAAAAGGAUGAGAGUACAUUAUUAAUAGAGAAUUUAGAAGAGAAAGUUGAAAAUGUUGAUAAGAUUGAAGAAAAUAAAGAGAAGAAGAAUUUAGAACUUGAUGAAAAAGAAAAAGCGAAACAAAAAAAAUUAGAAAGAUUAUAUAGAGAAAAAAUAUAUACAAAAAUUGAUUUAUUGGAAAUAUAUUUAGGUCAUAAUUGGGGUGAGGAUGGUGAUAGAUUUAAUUUUGUAUUAUCACAAGAAAAUGAUAAUACCUUAGAUGUAGAUUAUAAAAAUAGUAUUAUUAGCAACAACAAUAAUAAUAAUAAUAAUAAUAAUAAUAACAAUAAUUUGAUGAAUAAUAAUAUGAUGAAUAAUAAUCGUCAUAGUGUUAUGAUGGAUGAUCAUCAUAAUAUUAUGAAAAAUAAUAAUAAUAAUAUGGGAAAUAAUAAUAAUAAUCAUCAUCAUCAUCAUAUGAAUGAACAAAAGAAUAUGAAUGCACAUAAUAAAAGAUUUAGUAAUAAUAAUAUGAAUAAUAUGAAUAAUAUGAAUAAUUUAAAUAAUAUAAAUAAUGUAAAUAAUGUAAAUAAUUUAAAUAGUGGUUAUAAUAACAAUAUGAAUAAUCAUCAUAAUAAUAAAAACAAUAAUAAUAUGAAUCAACAUAUUCAUCAUGGUGGACAUCAUCAUAUGGUAAAUAAUAAGCAAAGCCAAUCUAAUCAAAAUAUAAAUAAUAAAAAUAAUGAUGAUGGAUGGAGAAAUUCAUUAGCACAAAAAAAUAUGAUGAAUAAUAAUAAUAUGUAUAUAAAUAAUAAUAUGAAUGAUAUGAAUCAUAUGAAUAAUAUGAAUCAUAUGAAUAAUAUGAAUCAUAUGAAUAAUAUAAAUCAUAUGAACAACAACAACAAUAAUAAUAAUAAUAAUAACAAUAAUAAUAAUAACAAUAAUAAUAAUAUUAAUAAUAAUAAUGUGUCAUCUAAUUUGGAGUGGAGAAAAAGUGAUGCAGAUAAAUUGAAAGGAUUUUUUGAUUCAACUAGAGUUGUUGAAUCUGCAGAUGCAUGGAGAAAUAAUAAUACAGCUCAAGUAAAAACAGUUGCUGAGAAUAGUUGGAUUUUAAAACAGAAUCAAUUAAAAGCAGAUAAGUAUACAUGUAUGAUGCGUAAAUUAAGAGGUAUAUUAAAUAAGUUAACUUUUGAAAAAUUUGAUUUAUUAUAUGAACAAAUAAUAUUAGUAGGUAUAACUAAAUUAGAUGAAAUUAUAGGAUUAAUGAAAUUAGUAUUUGAAAAAGCAGUGACACAACAUCAUUUUGUUCAGAUGUAUGUACAACUAUGUAAAAAAUUGAAUGUACAUUUUCAUAAUAUGAAAUUAGAAGAUGAUACAACAGUUCAGUUUAAAAAGAUAUUAAUAAAUCAAUGUCAAGAUUCUUUUGAAAAUAAUUUAAAACCUAUUGAAUUUCCAAGUCAUUUAAAUGAAGAAGAGAAAUUUGAAUUUGAACAAAUGCAUAAAAAUAAAGUUAGAGGAAAUAUGUUAUUUGUUGGUGAAUUAGUAAAAUCAGGAAUAAUAUCUAUACCUAUUGUAUUUGUAUGUAUUAAACAAUUAUUAGAAAAACGAGAAAGUUAUAUAUCUCUUAAAAAUGAUACUAAAGAAGGUAAUUUACAUUUAGAAGCCUUAUGUAUGUUUUUAAAUACUGUUGGAGAAAUAUUAGAUACUCACGAAAAAGCUAAUCAAGAAAAAGUAAAAGAAUUAUAUAACACAUUAAACGAAUUAGUAAAUAAUGAAAGUAUAACCUUUCGUGUUCGUUGUUUAAUAAAAGAUGUUAUUGAUAAUAGAAAUGAAAAAUGGAAUAAAAAAUUUGCACAUAAAUUAGAAGGUCCAACAACAUUAAGUGUAUUACAUGAUAAAAUAUUAAAAGAAACUAUUGAUCAAAACAAUAGAACAUAUAAUAAUAGUAAUAAUAUGAAUUAUCAUGAAAAUAAAAUGAAUAAUAAUUUGAGUAAUAUGAGAAAUAAUCUUUUAAGAAAUGUUAGUUUUAACAUGAACAAUAAUAAUAACAACAAUAAUAAUAACAAUAAUAAUAAUAAUAAUAUAAAUUUUGUUAAUAUGAUGAAUAAUAAUAAUAUGAAUUUAAGAAAUAUGGGAAAUAUGAAAAAUAUGGAUCAAAAUAAAAAUAUGAAAAAAUUAUCUUUAAAUUUAAUGAAGAAUAAAAAUAAUUUACAACAAUCCAAAAUGAUGAAUGAUGAUAUGAAAGGAUCUAAUAUGGAAAAUAAUUAUUUUGACAUUCCUAAAAGAGAAACUCUUUUUAAUAAAAAUGCAUCAUUUGCCAACGAAGAAGCAAAUAAUAAUAAUAAUAAUAAUAAUAAUAAUAAUAACAAUAAUAACAACAAUAAUAACAACAACAAUAAUAAUAAUAACAAUAAUAAUAAUACCUCUACCAGUAGUGGUAAUAGUUUUUUCAGUAACCUUAGCUCAAGAUUAUUAAAUAAAGACAAAAAAGAAGGAGGAAAUAUCUUCACAAGAAGCUUUAAUUUGAAAAAAAAUAAUAAUAAUAAUAAUAUGUCUAAUUUUUCAAAUAAUGAGUUAGAUAAAAAAGAUAAAAGUAAUAUGAAUAGUACUAAGAAUGAAGAAAGAGAAAAUACAUUUUCAAAUAAAGAUAAUGUCUUAAAUACAAAAUCUGAUAAUACAAAUGAAGAACCAAAAGAUUAUACUUUUGUUGAAGAAUAUAUUCCUAAAGUUAAUGAGAUUCUUGAAUUAUCAACUACUAUAGAAAAUUGGGAAGAACUAACUGAAAAAAUUGUUCAAUUAAAUAUACCCUCUAAAUUUAAUGAAAAAUUACAUGCACAUAUCUUAAAACAUACAUUAAAAAAAUAUGCAUGCAAUAAAAAUGUAGAAAGAAGUCUACCUUAUUUUAAUUGGCUUGUAUCAAUUGUAUUAGAUAAUAAAAUAGAUAUGCAAUCUUUUAAACACUGCUGGAAAUCUUUCUUUUUAGAAAAUGAUGAAAACAGUUAUGAGUAUACUAAAGAAGACUAUCCUUUAUUACCAAGAUUGGUAACAAAUUUUAUUACUGCAGUUGAGGUAUAUGAUAAAAAUCAUAUGUUAUAUGACUUAUCAACAUUAGAGCAAAUGAAAAGUGUAAUAUAA